AUGGAGUUUCUUACCAUAAAGUGCGCUAGGCGGGCGGGCGGGAGGCAGGGCGCGGGCGGGCGGCGCCGCACACCGCUGGCAGUUGGGGCGCAGGAGCGGUGUGGAGUUCACUCGGCCGCGCGCCACGGCGCGAUAUGCCCAGCUGAUGUUUAUUUAUACCGCGAGCUCGGCGGAGGGCGCGCGCGGGAGGCCCUCCCCUCCGCGGCACCACGGUUUCGCGUGAUGCAGCCGAGCGAGCUAACCGACACCGCGCACGCCGCUAGCGGAAACCCCCCGCAGCGUGGCCUCAACGGCGGCCGAUUCGACUUUGACGAUGGUGGCACAUAUUGUGGUGGUUGGGAAGACGGCAAAGCCCACGGCCACGGUGUUUGCACUGGACCCAAGGGACAAGGGGCCUACGCCGGCUCCUGGCACUUUGGAUUCGAAGUAUCCGGCGUCUACACCUGGCCCAGUGGAAGUUCCUUCGAAGGACAAUGGCAGAAUGGCAAACGUCAUGGCCUUGGCGUGGAGACCAGAGACCGAUGGCUCUAUCGUGGCGAGUGGACGCAAGGCUACAAGGGCCGAUACGGGGUCCGGCAGAGCACGACCAGCAACGCCAAGUAUGAAGGCACCUGGGCAAAUGGAAUGCAAGAUGGAUACGGCUCGGAAACAUACGCUGAUGGCGGAACGUACCAAGGACAAUGGAUGCGAGGACUUCGCCACGGGUACGGUGUGCGGACGUCCGCUCCGUUCGGCUUGGCGUCACAUUACCGCGGUGGCGCGCGUGAGCACCGCGGAUCCAUGUCAUCCCUGGCUGACGCGACGGGCAUCCCUGAUCCGUCUGACAGACGAAACCAUCGCAUGGACGAAGCACGUGGCGGCUUUGUACUCAGAACCAGCUCCGACGAACCUCCAAGGAGACGGGGCUCGUUGGGAGAAAAGGCGAAAAAGGGAUUAUUCAAUAGAUUUCGUCGAGAGCGAAGUGCCGGCGACUUGGACCCCCGCGGCACCGCUUCUGUCCGAUCCGGUGGGUCGGGCGGGUCUGCCGCAUCCUGGGUCUCGUCCGUCGAGAGCACGCACUCGGCUACCACCCGCGUCUCUCUACAUACUAACUCCAAUACGAGCUUCAUAGUAGAGGAUGAACAUUUAGAUGCCUCAGUCACAGAAACGUACUUGGGAGAAUGGAAAAAUGACAAACGUACAGGCUUUGGUAUCAGUGAGCGCAGCGAUGGUCUUCGAUAUGAAGGAGAAUGGUAUUCUAAUAGAAAAUACGGCUACGGUGUGACAACUUUCAGAGAUGGGACAAGGGAAGAGGGAAAAUACAAGAAUAACGUUCUCAUAACGAGCCAGAAACGGAAGCACAUGUUUCUUAUGCGUUCGGCGAAAUUUCGAGAAAGAAUUGAUUCAGCGGUUAAUGCGGCUCAAAGAGCUUCCAAGAUUGCGUUACAAAAAGCAGAUAUUGCUAUUUCCAGGACAGCAACAGCUCGGGGAAAGGCUGAGCAAGCUGAUGAAUCGGCGGACCAAGCUAAAGAAGACUGUGAUAUAGCACAAGCUACUGCUAAACAAUUCGCUCCUGAUUUCAAACAUCCUGGUUUUGACAGAAUAGGUUUAAGAGAACGAUAUAGACAAAAGCCCUAUGAAUCACAGGCUAUGGCACCCUCAGUACAAGAAUCUGAAAAGAUCUUGGACGGAAAGAGCAUUCCAAAUCACAUCCCUCCGACCCACACACAAAUGAACAAAAUUCCAAACGCAAUAUCUUCUAGAAGACCUUCAGCGCAAUAUGGAAAACCAGCACAAUCUAGUGAUCCCAGAUUUGCACAUAAUCCUAAUUUUAACGAUGAAAGACAUAAUGUUGGAAGUAGUUAUGACUCUUAUUAUAAUCCUGCGCAAGACUCAUGGGCCACAGGUAAUGUUCAAAACCAAACAGCCCCGAGCGACACUGGAAAUGUAUACGGUGCGACUAAUAUCAAUCAACAAGCCACAGGGUAUCGAUUACAACAACAACAACAACAACCACAAUUUGUCGACCAAAAUAACCAACAAUAUGGCAAUCAAGAUCGCCGAGUGUCAUCAGCGACUAGACAAUCGCUGAAUCAAAAACUUCCAACACAAGACUGGAAUACUGGAACAGGUAUCACUCGACGACAAAGUAUUUUAGCUCAGCCGAGACAUGAUCCUCAAAGUACUACAUAUGUAGACAGUGGCACAGCAGUUUAUGGAAGAAAUGGACUACGUACUGGUACCAUUCAUUCAGAAGGUGCACUCGAAAAGCCGAUGUCUAAUAUUGACCAACAGAUUUUCCGACAUCCCGCAGACACUCCAAUGUACAGGCAAACAAUUGGUCAGCAGUCUUAUGAACAGGGUCCCGAACAUCAGUUUGGCCAACAGCCCGUAGACCAGCAAAAUUAUAGACAACUUGCAGACCAACAAUUUUAUCGACAACCUACUAUGGACCACCAACAAUACCGCCAAGCACCAAUGGAUCAAGAUGGUAUGAACGGGGAAAGAGAAAUAAGGCAGACGACGAGUCGACCAUCUAUUGAUUAUUUUGAUCACUAUAAAAGACCACCAAGUAGAGAUUCUAGUGUAGACAGAUAUGGGAGAAGGUCGAGACAGCCCUCCGUAGAGGCUGCAGUGCCCAGUGGGGGUUCGAGAUCAGGGUCUAUAGCACCUCAAGCGACAUCAUCAUCGCGACCCCCAUCGCGUGCCGCAACGCCCGCCAGUAACGGACAUUUAACUUCCGGUCGAGGAUCCAUAUCGCAUGCUUCAGCCCGAGAACAGCCCUUUGAGGAUACGCUGUUGCGGAAACGGAAUCUCGGCCAAGAAAUAUCACCAUCGCCUUACCAACCAAAACGAACGGAAAGUUUAUUUGUUCCACAAAACCCAACGCCGGCACCUGCAGUGCCAACAGGUGGUGGCGGGGGUGGACGUAAGAUGUUGAGUUCACCUCAAACCCUUCAACGAAAGAAGUCAUUGCCUGACGUAGCAGGAAUGCCUCGUAUGCCCGAUGGAGGGGGCAUGUCCCGCGAAGAGGUAUCCGCUCUCGGCUCCGCGCGAAGAGAAGAAGUACGCCGUAUGUACGAAGAAUCCGAGAAGUUAAGAGCCAACCCUCUACUCUACUUAGUCAGUCCACAAGUAAAGGACUGGUUUUCCAGACAGCAAUUAGUGAUUUUAGUCCUCUUUAUCAACAUCUCCCUAGGCAUUAUGUUCUUCAAGCUACUCACGUAG